ACUACUGCUGCUCUGCAGAAACUAAGUCCUGGAUUUUUUUUUUUUUUUAAUUUUUCCCAAAAAUUACAUUUAAGGACCACUGGGACUGCUUUUACAAUGGAUCAAAAAUGAUCAUACUUUAAGGAAAGUGUCACACAGUCAGAGUGAUUCCUUCCUUUGUCUCUUAGUCAUAAAGGUGUCGUUCUGCGUCACACACAUUUGCUCAGAACAAAACUUCUUUAGAAAGCUUAUAAAGGAGAGAAACAUGGAUUCCUACAUUGCUGCUUAGAAUAUUCUGGAUUAUAAAGUCGACAAACUCGCAGACUCUGCAAAUUUUGAGAAAUAACGCUUAAGAAUAGACAAAUUCCUUCAACUUCGAUGUGACAAAAUGGACGACAAAAAGGACCAAACGUGACAACCGAAAGUGUAGUUUGCCACACAUGAAGUGAGACACGUUCUCUAAAAACAGAACCCAACACUUUGGUAACAAACUGGUUUGUUCACGGCACGCCGCUGGAGGAGGAGCAAAAACGGUGGGAGAAAAUCUAAAAGAAACAAACUACUCAAAGAGGUAAUCAUCACACAUUUAACCUAUGAAGGCCAUCUUGUCAUCUGUCAGCUAAGAAAAACAAAACAUAACUGAAAUUUACUGCACAAAAUGAAAUAGUGAGGUUGGGACCACUUAAUGUUUAGUCACUUACAUAGAUUUCUUUUAAAAGAGGCUUCAAUCUAGAAGUCUAUAAGAAGAGAUCUAAAAUCCUUCAAUCUUUCCAUUUUCUUAUGAAUUAUUCUGGGUCAGCUGCAGGAUUUGCUCACUUAACAAAAAAUCCUGCUGAUGUUAGAUGCUGAAUUGUGAUAAACAGAAACGUAGCAGCAGCAAGUCACUGCCUGCAAGUCGCCCAUCCAUGCUGUGUUUCCCGCUUUGCUCCCACUUCAAAUGAACCUCUCCUGCAUUCACUGCAGCCAUUUGGGUCAAUCAUACACCUCGGACGACGGCCACGGAAAGAGAGGUUUUGUUGGAGUCACAAAACUCAGAUCAGAAUCAGAAAUCUUUUCUUUUCUCGAGCUGUCAACAGAGGCAGGCCAUGUGGGGGGGGCACGCCCAUUCAUUCCCUCCUACAACGAGUUACAACAAGUAUGACACAGUAGUGAGACAUCAGGAAAGAAGGGACUGAGGGUGUGGGUGGGGAGGGAAGGUGGGCAGAUGAAACUGCAGAGACGAGCAGAAGAAACUGACAGAUUCACUCUUCUGUUCCGGAUCUACAAGUCGUCUGGAUUUCCUUAUGGAUUACUGAGGAUCUACUGACAAUAAACAUGAACCUCGGAAACCAUUCCCACUCGACUCACAAUGAGAGCAUCGUGGACAGUACGGCUGGCACAAACAUGGGCGCCCUCAUCCUGAGCCUCGUCUUCAUCGUGGGAUUCCCUGGAAACAUCUUUGUCAUCUGGAGCAUCCUGGCCCGAGCCAGAAAGCAGUCCAUCACCACCCUGCUCAUCCUCAACCUGGCAUGUGCCGAUGGUUCUCUGAUGGCUCUCACUCCGUUCUUCAUCGUCUACCUGAUCAUGAAGAACUGGGUAAUCGGGGAUUUGAUGUGCAAAAUCCUCUUCUACCUCUGUUUGCUCAACAUGUACGCCUCCAUUUACCUCAUCAUGCUGAUGAGCGUCUACCGGCUGGUGUCGGUCAUUUGGCCCCAGCGAGUCAGCAAAAUCACCGGGAAGAGGACGAUCAGGCGGGUACUCGCGGUGACGUGGGUGCUCGUCAUGGUCGCUUCCAUUCCUGCACUUGUCUUCCGACAAGUCCGAUGCAAGAAAGGAACUAACAUCUUUGUGUGUGAUUCAUUUCACGAUGAAGACAAUCAUGUGGUUCUUCAGUACAUGAUGGAGAUUGUGUUGGGAUUUCUGAUCCCGUAUGGGGUCAUCUUGGUCAGUUACAUUUGUAUCUUGCGGCGGAUUCGACAGACUAAGUUCCGCCGCCGCGUUCGCAGUGAGAAGCUCAUCCUGGCCAUCGUGUUGACCUUCUGCCUCUUCUGGCUGCCCUACCAUGUGGUCAACGUCUUGAAGGUUGCCUGGGCUUUGUGUAAAGACGAAACCAUGAAGACCAAACUUGACAUGAUAGGGCAAAGGAGCCGCGCUGUCACCUCAUCGAUCGCCUUCAUCAGCAGCUCCAUCAACCCCAUACUUUACUUCUUCGCCGGGAAGUCGUACAUCCGGCGGGAAGGACUGGCCUUCAUGGCCCGUCUGUUCGAAGGAACGGGAUUUGACUCCACGCGGAAAAGUCGGCAGAACAGUCAGAACAGCCGGGACAAAGACAAGGACGCGGAUGUCAGGCUCAAAGACAAAGAUCUCGACUCGGUUUCCAACUCGGUUUCUAACGCCGUCACAAACUCAGUUUGUUACGUUAGUCCAGAGAAACUUAUGAAAUAGAGGUUAGAACUGCUCGUACCUCUGGAACGUUGAACUUCUCAGGUCUUUGUGUCAUCUGGGUCCGGUCGUAGCCCACUUGUUGGUUGUAGUUGUAAGACGAGGUGAGGAUCCUGCUGCUCUCAGUAAAAACUGAAACUUGAUUGAGCUCCUGGCUCGCUUGCACUCUCAGGGUUCAUCAUGUGUGAAGCGUCGGCUUUACUCCGCUUUGUUCAGAAUUGAACACGUUUCCAUAAACUGCUGAACUUUUAUGAGGAAAAGACAGUUUUAAAUGGAGUCUGUAUGUUGAUACAGGUUUUUGUACAUAAUGUUUUACUUUAAGUCUGUUGUUUAUGUGUUUAGAUUAAAAUAUUCAUAUCGAACAACUUUUGUACAAUAAUAUCUCAUUUGCAGAGGUAAAUAUGAAAAGAAAUGUGGUGCCAAUUUGACUUUGCAGCUAACUGAGUUCAGAACCAGCAAGACUAGACAAGUCUUACAGUCAAUUUUACUUUUUCAAGUGAUCUUUAAAGACAGAAAUGGCUGCUUUUUUAUAACAGGUCUUAUAUGUGUUUAAAUUAACUUCACACACACAAAAAAAGUCUUUCUCUAGUUUAUUUUGUGUUUCUUUAAGAAAAAUGAGACAAUCAAAUUUGGUAGAAUGUAUAGUUUGUGGAGUGUACGGUCACUUCAACUUUAAACUCCCCAAAAAUGAGAAACAACUAAAAGCUGAUACAAAAAUGGAUGUAAAGUUUCUCCUAAAGUCUAAAAAUAAAAAAAUAAAAAUUGUUGUGUUUUUCAUUUUUUGCAGUUCUUUUCGUUGUUUACACAAGCCAGUCCUUUUUCCUUGAACAUUUUGUCAAACUUUUUUACUUUCUUCAAUAUGUAAUAUGUGGCAGAAAUCUGAACAAUAAGCAACAUGUCUGUAACAGUAAAGGUGUUGUGUAAUUUGUGAAUUGCACUAUGCAAUUCUUAAAGGGAAGAAUGAAAAAAAACAGUGCAAUCUUGAUGGCAUGAACUGAAAAAUCUCGCCCUUCAGAGAGGAAUAUGUAAGAGUUAGUAAUAUACUGUGAGAUGUCUAAUUUUGGCAUUUCCCUUUGAUGAAUCACAUAUUUUGUCACAAUCAACUCAAAACAGGCAGAAUUAAAGACAAAUGCCGUAUUUUUCUCACUAUCAAUCACUGGUUGAUUUUUUCACUUGUGGCGUAUAUAAGGAGAACCAAACUAUAAGACACUUUAGGGAAACAAAAGAGUAAGAGACAAGUCCGUCAGUCAGAUUGGAUUAACUGAAUUCAUAGUAAUUCUAGAAAUUGUCUCUAAUAUGCCACAUGUUAGUCACUUUAAAAGCGUUAGCUGCUUUAUCUCAAUACUUGUAACUCCCAACUUCGCAUGCAACACAGAAAAAUUACUGUGACUAAACUAACAUCCAACUUUGUAAAAGAAAAAAGACACAGUUCAACAUCUCGAUGUGUUACCCACAUUAGCAUAUUUACAAUUCACCAUAAUCCAUGCAUACAGUCCUCUGGAUUAUAAGAGGCACUGUUGUUUAAAAAAAAAAAAGAAACAUUUUAAGUGUAUCUUUUAGUGCAGAAAGCUACCAAGAAAACUUGGCUGAAGACAUUAAUGUCCAAAACAAAAAGUCCUCGACUGAAACUGCAAGUCUCCCCAUGUCACU